UCAUAAGAGCCAUUUGCGCAAAAUAGCUCGUGUCCGUUCCCUGUAUUUUGCUGUAGGGAACACGGAUUGCUGGUGGCAAUAGUCAGAAAUAAGGCUUGUGUUGGAAGCAGGUAGGGAGGGGUCGUGGAUCACGAUGGAAUAACAUUUUACGCAGAAAAAUAUAACGCAGUUGUGUAACGUUUCAAACUCAAGCGUGCAUAAUCGUAAUGCGAGUUUCUGUUCUCAUCUCUCUGUGUAUUUCUAUUAGGGAUGUCAGGAAUACUGCAGCUAACACGCUUUAUGCUUGGUUUAACAUCGUAAAGUUGCAAAGUUGCGGUAAUUCUCGUUUUUUUUUCUUUCUUGCGGAGUCGUUUCCCUUUUGAGGGCUUUAGAUCGUGCUGAAGAAAUCACGCUGUUGAUCUGCUCCCAAACUCGAGGCGCAAAGAGCCCCGCCCCUCUCUCCGCUCCUUCCCCAGGCUUAUAACCAGCAGCCUCGCGCGCAGCCCGAAAUACCCAAGACAAGCGCUGGACCUGACUACAUCUGUUAGUUACUUGCCGUUUCACUCGAGACGGAAUAUAUAUUCUCCGUUUUAUCCUGCACAGAGAGGCGCCGCCGCGCCGCUCGGGAGUCAGGGGAAAAGCGAGAUGGAUUUUUUAAACCACAGCUACUUAAGCGCGCGCACGUCCUAUGACUACACGUUCAACUUCUGGAACGACUAUCUGGGCCUGUCCACGCUGGUGACGCAGAGCAGCAAGCGCGGUCCCGGCGGCGGAGCGAGCCCCAACUCCAUCACGGAGUCUCUGAAAGCCACACUGGGCCUGGACGACUCGGCGCCGUGCCCGUGCGCCGCGCACUUGGACUACUGCUGCUGCUCUUCCUCGUGCUGCUCCUCUUCCUCGUCGUGCGGCUGCUGCUGUCCUCCCGCAAGCCCUCCGCCACCUUCCCUGCUUGAGCUCAAGGAACGAUUCUCGGGGCUCGGUCCGUUCCGUAGCCACGGCGUGGGGAUUGUAGGGCAUGAGCGCGACGCGGGCUUCGGAGGAGGAGGAGGAGGCGGAAGUUUCGCGGCUUUUGAGCUGUUCGGCGCGGAUAGAAAGGUGCGUAAGACGGCGGCGGCGCGCGCCAAGCAGGAGCCCAAGAUCUGCGUGUUCUGUCGGAAUAACGGCGCGCCUGAAGAGGUGUACGGCUCGCACGUGCUGAAGGCGCCCGACGGCCGCGUGGUGUGCCCGAUCCUGCGCGCAUACACGUGCCCGCUGUGCAGUGCCAACGGCGACAACGCGCACACCAUCAAGUACUGUCCGCUGUCCAAGGAGCAGCCUGCGCCCCGAGCGCUCAAAGGAGGCCGGGCUGUGGGCGGUAAGCGCGUCAAAAUCUUCUAAAAGAAAAAAGCACCAAUCUACACGCGCUCAGUAAAUAAAUCACCUACAUUUAUUGCACUGAACCUUUUUUUCCAGUUGACUGUUCCAAUCGCGGCUUUCCGAGUCUUAACUUGCUAGACUGUAGGAUUUAUUAAACAAAUAAGAUAUCAAUGUUUUUGUGUUUAAAAAAAUCCUUUAUAUUUUUAUAGAUGCUUUAUUUCCAUAGUUUAUUGUAUACUUUAUUCAUAAAAAAAAUCUCUUUUUUCCACGUGUGUCUUAGAUGUUUAUCAGUUCAUAUUCAGUCACGUUUAUAUAAAUAAAAGAUGGUAUUUUUUGUUUGUUUGUUUAAAUGGGCAUGAAUGUUAGCAUACACAUCAGAGCAAAUACGUAUUUUCUUUACUGUAAGCCAAGCUUACACAUUGUGUUAUGUCUUUUAAACCAAAGUUAAGUUUGCCAUCUUGAGAAUGUUUCAUUUGCAAUCUGCUGAAGUUUCCUCUCUGAGUUUGGUUUGGUUUAUUUAGCCCAUUCCUUUCUUCCUACACUCCACCACAUGCUUUCCUUCCCUCCCAAGCUGACAUUUGAUAUGGGUGAGGAAGAGAAGAAAAAAAAAAAACACCAAGCUCAGAAACACAAUGGGAUCUCUGUUGGACCUUACAUGGUCUUAGCAUAACCUCAUAAUGAGUAGAUGCCCAGCCAAACUGGCCUAUGAGCCCCACUGACAGAGAUGGGUGUGGGCUAGUCUUUCAGCCAGACCCCUUUCGAGAUGUCUUCAUUAGGCCAAUACAAGGUGCCCUGCUAAUGUUUACACCCCAAGAAAGGGGAACACACACACACUGGAGAAUGCGUCUUGAGGGGACCUGUCUGGUGCCGGAGCUGCCCUUGUGCACCAAGCUUUCACACUUGACCUUUUUACCCUGAAAACCAUCACAGGAGAGCUGCAGAGGAAAUAGCGGGUGAGUUAUAAAAUAAUGCAGUCUGAUAACUCUCCAAGGGUCAGUGGUGGAACAGAACGGAAUGAAUGUUCUUAAUAAAAAAAGCUUUUUUUUGUAAAACAAUGCAUUUGCCCCCUUUUUUGCAUUAUGUAAAAAAAAUGAACCCAAAAGAAUGAUGCAAAAAUGUUGUGAAUGUACAAUUUAAACAUGCAGGACUGCACAUGGUCUGACCAUUUGUUUACCAAAGGAAUUCAAUUGUAAUGAAGUACGGAACAUAGAUUUGCUGUAAUGUAAAUAAAAAAAAAGUCAAGUCAUGUCUAUUCAGUAUUUUAACAUUUAAAAAGUGACUUUAGAGGGUGCUACCUCAACAAUAUUUUGUACUUACAUGUAAAAUGUCAAUAGCAGUUUAUUAAUAUAGCGCUGCCAUUUAUAAUAAGGGUUUUUAAUAGUAUUUUUGAUCUUUGUAUAACAUAAUUGUAUUUUUCUUUCAUUGCAUUCCAACAAGCUCUUAGCAUUUUCUGCCAAUAGGUGAUGGCUGAAUAUAAUGACAAAAUAUCAUACAUAUUUUUCAGUUGUUCAAUGUUACAUUCUUGAUGAGUGAAAGAUAAAAUGGAAUAUGUUGAAAAAUUUAGACAAUUUGCCACUUUUAACUGAAGUUUGUAAUUAAAUUAAAAGAAGACUAAAAAAGAAA